AUGGAGGACAGGUACUACCCAAUGAUCUUCCCAGAUGAGCGGAAUUUCCGUCCCUUCACUUCUGACUCUCUGGCCGCCAUUGAGAAGCGGCUUGCCAUCCAGAAGGAGAAAAAGAAGUCCAAAGACAAGACAGUAGUCGAGCCCCAUCCUCGGCCACAGCUGGACCUAAAGGCCUCCAGGAAGUUACCAAAGCUUUAUGGAGACAUUCCCCGAGAGCUGAUAGCAAAGCCUCUGGAAGACUUGGACCCCUUCUACAGAAACCAUAAGACAUUUAUGGUGCUGAACAAGAAGAGAACGAUCUAUCGCUUCAGUGCCAGACGGGCCUUGUUUGUUCUGGGGCCUUUCAAUCCAGUCAGGAGUUUAGCCAUUAGAAUCUCGGUCCAUUCGCUGUUUAGCAUGUUCAUCAUUUGCACCGUGAUUAUCAACUGUGGGUUCAUGGCUCAUAAUGGGAACAAAAAUUCAGACACAGACGUUGCUGAAUUAAUCUUCACUGGGAUUUAUAUUUUAGAAGCUUUGAUUAAAAUAUUAGCAAGAGGUUUCAUCCUGGAUGAGUUUUCCUUCCUUCGAGAUCCGUGGAACUGGCUGGACUUCGUUGUCAUUGGAACAGCGAUUGCAACUUAUUCUCCAGGUACCAAAAUCAAUCUGUCAGCUCUGCGUUCCUUCCGAGUGUUCAGAGCUUUGAAAGCUAUUUCGGUUGUUUCAGGUCUGAAAGUUAUUGUGGGGGCCUUGCUGCGCUCUGUGAAGAAGCUAGUGGAUGUGAUGGUCCUUACCCUCUUUUGCCUCAGCAUUUUUGCCCUGGUAGGUCAGCAGCUCUUCAUGGGAACCCUGAACCAGAAAUGUGUCAAGAAAAAUUGUGGUCCUAACCCUUUAUCUAACGAGUAUUGCUUUGAAAGGGAAAACAAUUCCAAAGAGUUCAUAAUGUGUGGCAACUGGUUUGGCAGCAGACCCUGUCCUUAUAAUUCUGAGUGCAGGAACACCAGUUUUAAUCCAGACUAUAAUUACACAAGUUUUGACAACUUUGGCUGGUCUUUUCUUGCCAUGUUCCGGCUUAUGACUCAAGAUUCCUGGGAGAAACUGUACCAACAGACUCUGCGGACAUCUGGGCCCUACUCAGUCUUCUUUUUUGUGAUAGUCAUCUUCCUGGGCUCUUUCUACUUGAUUAACUUAACUCUGGCUGUCGUCACCAUGGCCUAUGAAGAGCAAAACAGGAAUGUAGCUGCGGAGACAGAGGCCAAGGAGAGGAUGUUUCAGGAAGCCCAACAGCUAUUAAAGGAGGAGAAAGAGGCUCUGGUUGCCAUGGGAAUUGACAGAAGUUCACUUAAUUCCCUUCAAGCAUCAUCCUUUUCCCCAAAGAAAAGAAAGUUUUUUGGUAAUAAGACAAGAAAGUCCUUCUUUAUGAGAGGAUCUAAGAAAGACCAAACUUCAGGAUCCGAUACAGAUGAAGAGUCCUCUAAAAAUCCACAACUCCUCGAACAAACCAAAAGAUUGUCCCAGAACCUUCCAGUGGACCUCUUUGAUGAUCACGUAGACUCUUUCCACAGGCAGAGGGCACUGAGUGCUGUCAGCAUCCUGACCAUCACCAUGCAGGAACAAGAAAAAUCUCAGGAGCCUUGUCUCCCAUGUGGGGAAAACCUAGCAUCCAAGUAUCUGGUGUGGGACUGUAGCCCCCAGUGGCUGUGCAUAAAGAAGGUUCUGAGGAUUAUAAUGACUGACCCUUUUACUGAACUGGCCAUCACCAUCUGCAUCAUAAUCAACACUGUCUUCCUAGCCAUGGAACACUACAAUAUGGAUAAAAAUUUUAGUUCCGUACUGAGAACAGGAAAUUGGGUUUUCACGGGCAUUUUUAUAGCAGAAAUGUGCCUAAAAAUCCUUGCCCUGGACCCUUACGAGUACUUUCGCCACGGCUGGAAUAUUUUUGACAGCAUCGUUGCCCUUCUGAGCCUCGCAGAUGUGCUGUACCACCUGUCUCACCCAAACAGUCGGUCAUUCUUGGCUUCCUUCAGAGUGCUGAGGGUCUUCAAGUUAGCCAAAUCCUGGCCAACAUUAAACACCCUAAUUAAGAUCAUCGGCCACUCCGUUGGAGCGCUUGGAAACCUGACCGUGGUCCUGACCAUUGUGAUUUUCAUCUUUUCAGUCGUUGGCAUGCAGCUUUUUGGCUCUAGGUUCUGUUCUCAAAAGAUUAAAAAUCCCUGUGCUGCAGAGGAGUCAUGUCGCCGGCGCUGGCACAUGGGGGAUUUCUAUCACUCCUUCCUGGUGGUGUUCCGCAUCCUCUGCGGGGAAUGGAUCGAGAACAUGUGGGAAUGCAUGCAGGAGAUGGAGGGGUCUCCACUGUGCAUCAUUGUCUUUGUGUUGAUCAUGGUGAUAGGAAAACUUGUGGUGCUCAACCUGUUCAUUGCCUUGCUGCUCAAUUCCUUCAGCAAUGAAGAGAGAGAUGGAAACCCAGAAGGACAGACCAGGAAAACCAAAGUCCAGCUGGCCCUGGAUCGGUUCUGCCAGGCUUUUUCUCUUGUAGUACACACUCUUGAGAAUUUCUGUUGCAAGAGAUAUAGGAGACAAAACGCAACAAAGCAAAAAGAGAUCUCAGGAAGCUCUGCUGCAGAGAACAAAGAUAUUCUUCUGGACACAGAGCCCUGGAAGAAAUUUGAUGCCCAAAAGAGCUCGGACCCAGGCCAAGAUGGGGUUCAGUUGGCCCCACUUGCGGAAGAAGAGGAUGACACUGAAUAUUCUGAUGAAUUUGAUGUCCUGCCCACCUCACAACCUGAAGUUCAGGUCUGUGACCUCCAUCAAGAGACCAAGGCGCCCACCAGCCCAGAUGAUCAAGGUGUGGAAAUUGAUGUGUUUUCUGAUGAUGACACCUAUUUAACCAUACAGAGUUUCAGAAAGAAGUCUGAUGCUGCAAGUGUGCUCUCAGAAUGCAGCACGAUUGACCUGCAGGACAUCUUCAGGCAUUUACAGAGAACGGUCCCACAAAAGAAGCAGCCAGAGAGAUGCUUGCCUAAAGGCAUCAGUUGUCGCUUUCUCUGCCAAAAGUGGGACAGGAAAAAGUCCCCCUGGGCCAUUUGGUGGAAUUUGCGGAAAACCUGUUACCAAAUCGUGAAGCACAGCUGGUUUGAGAGCUUCAUCAUCUUUGUGAUCCUGCUGAGCAGUGGGGCACUGAUAUUUGAAGAUGUUUAUCUUCCUAGUCGGACUCAUAUCAAAAACUUACUAAACUGUACUGACAACAUUUUCACCUUCAUUUUCAUUCUGGAGAUGAUUCUGAAAUGGGUGGCCUUCGGAUUUAGGAAGUAUUUCACCAGUGCCUGGUGCUGGCUUGAUUUCUUCAUUGUAAUUGUGUCUGUUGUCAGUCUCUUGAAUCUAAAGAGCUUGAAGUCCUUCCGCACUCUGCGAGCACUGAGGCCUCUGCGGGCACUGUCUCAGUUUGAAGGAAUGAAGGUGGUGGUGAAUGCUCUCAUCAGUGCCAUACCUGCCAUUCUGAACGUCUUGCUGGUCUGUCUCAUUUUCUGGCUCAUAUUUUGCAUCCUGGGAGUAUAUUUAUUUUCUGGAAAGUUUGGAAGAUGUGUUAAUGGGACAGAUAUAAAUAAAUAUAUGAAUCAUACCAUCAUUUCAAACAAAAACCAAUGUGAAUUUAGCAAUUAUUCCUGGAAAACCCCAAGCGUCAACUUUGACAACGUGGGGAAUGCUUACCUUGCUCUGCUACAAGUGGCAACAUAUAAAGGCUGGCUGGAGAUUAUGAAUGCAGCUGUUGAUUCCACAGAGAUUGACAACUUCAACCAACAGCAGAAAAAGAUAAGUGGCCAGGACAUUUUUAUGACAGAAGAACAGAAGAAAUACUAUAAUGCAAUGAAAAAAUUAGGAACCAAAAAACCUCAAAAACCCAUCCCAAGGCCUCUGAACAAAUGUCAAGGCCUUGUAUUCGACCUGGUCACGAAUCAGGUGUUUGACAUCUUCAUCAUGGGUCUCAUUAUCCUAAACAUGAUCAUCAUGAUGGCUGAAUAUAAUGGCCAGCCUGACGAAGAGAAAAAAAUCUUUGAUUAUCUCAACAUAGCCUUUGUGGUCAUCUUUACACUAGAGUGUCUCAUCAAAAUCUUUGCUUUGAGGCAGUACUACUUCACCAAUGGCUGGAAUUUAUUUGAUUGUGUGGUCGUGGUCCUUUCCAUCAUUAGUACCAUGGUUUCUGUGUUGGAGAAAAGCGAAAUUCCUUUCCCACCAACUCUCUUCAGAAUCAUCCGCUUGGCCCGGAUUGGCCGAAUCCUCAGACUUGUUCGAGCAGCACGAGGCAUCAGGACCCUCCUCUUUGCUCUGAUGAUGUCCCUUCCCUCUCUAUUCAAUAUUGGUCUGCUUCUCUUUCUGGUUAUGUUCAUUUAUGCCAUCUUUGGGAUGAGCUGUUUUUCCAAAAAGGUUGAUCAAGUUUCUGGAAUCGAUGACAUCUUUAACUUCCAGACUUUUUCCGGCAGCAUGCUCUGUCUCUUCCAGAUAACCACUUCAGCUGGCUGGGAUGCUCUCCUCAAGCCCAUGCUGGAGUCGAACACCUCCCCUAGCUCAGACAGCUGUCAGCGGCCGAGUAUAGCCAUAGUUUACUUCGUUAGCUACAUCAUCAUCUCUUUUCUCAUCGUGGUCAAUAUGUACAUUGCUGUGAUCUUAGAGAACUUCAAUACCGCCACGGAAGAAAGCGAGGACCCUUUGGGUGAAGAUGACUUUGAUAUAUUCUACGAAAUCUGGGAAAAGUUUGACCCUGAAGCAACACAGUUUAUCAAAUAUUCUUCCCUUUCUGAUUUUGCUGAUGCCCUGCCUGAGCCUUUGCGUGUGGCAAAACCCAACAAGUUCCAAUUUCUAGUAAUGGACUUGCCCAUGGUGAUUGAUGACCGCCUCCACUGCAUGGAUGUCCUCUUUGCCUUUACCACUAGGGUACUUGGUAACUCCAGUGGCCUGGAUACCAUGAAAGCGAUGAUGGAGGAGAAGUUCAUGGAAGCCAAUCCCUUCAAGAAGUUGUACGAACCCAUAGUCACCACCACGAAGAGGAAGGAAGAGGAGCUGUGUGCUGCGAUUAUUCAGAGGGCCUAUCGCAAACACAUGGAGAUGAUCAAGUUGAAGUUGAAAGACCAGUUAAGUUCAUCACUCCCGACAUUUUGCAAUGGAGAUUUGUCUAGCUCUGAGGUAGCUAAAGUCAAGGUUCAUUAUGACUGAGCCCCUCACCUCCUCCCCUACCUCACAGACUCUAAGCUCUGAGUUGUCUGUAGCUCGGUGUACAAACAAGCAAGUGGACUCAACUAAACUAGCCAGUUGAUUUUUUUUCCUGGCUAAAAGAAAUGACACAUUGGU